AUGCCUGCCCGAGCUCCCUCACACGCUCUCAAAGCUCUCAGAAGCUCUCCACGAUGUGUUCUGCCUCGCCCUCAGCGACGGAACUAUGCCGCUGCUGCAGAACCUGAUCUCAAGGCCACUCUGCAAGAAGCCAUCCCGGCAAAGCGGGAGCUGCUGAAGCAGGUCAAAGCCAGUGCAGACAAGAAGAUUGGAGACGUUACCAUCGGACAGGUCAUUGGUGGCAUGCGUACACUCAAGUCUAUGGUCUGGGAAGGCUCAGUCUUGGACGCUGACGAGGGCAUUCGUUUUCACGGAAAGACCAUCGCCGAUUGCCAAAAAGAGCUUCCUAAGGGCACUUCCGGCACCGAGACGCUACCUGAAGCCAUGUUCUGGCUUUUACUCACCGGACAAGUUCCUUCCACUGGUCAAGUUCGAGCUCUGUCCCGCGAGUUGAACGAGAAAUCGGAGCUCCCUAAGCACGUUGUCUCGAUGCUCAAGGCCUUUGACAAGAACGUACACCCCAUGACUCAGCUAUCUUGCGCCGUUGCUGCCCUCAACACCGAGUCUGCCUUUGCCAAAAAGUAUGCUGAAGGCCUGAACAAGGCCGACUACUGGGAGCCUACCUUUGACGACGCCAUCUCGCUUCUGGCCAAACUUCCGCGUGUUGCAGCCACCAUCUUCAACAAGGAGGCGGUGGAUAUGCCUCUGGACAUGGAUCAGGAUUGGGCUUACAACUUUGCGAAACUGCUUGGCAAGCCCGGCAAGGAGAAUGAAGGCUUUCAAGAUCUGCUGCGCCUCUACCUCGCUCUUCACGGCGAUCACGAGGGUGGCAACGUAUCUGCACACGCUACGCAUCUGGUUGGCUCUGCCCUCUCGGACCCUUUUCUCUCAUACUCUGCCGGCUUGCUCGGCCUGGCGGGCCCAUUGCACGGUCUUGCUGCUCAGGAAGUUCUUCGCUGGAUCUUGGCUAUGCAGGGCAAGAUUGGCGAGAAUUUCUCCGAUCAGGAUGUUAAGGACUACCUCUGGACUACCCUCAAGUCUGGCCAAGUCGUUCCUGGCUAUGGCCACGGUGUGCUUCGCAAACCUGACCCUCGUUUCAAAGCUCUUAUCGACUUCGGCGAUGCCCGUGAAGACAUUGCUAGCAAUCCUGUCUACCGACUAGUCAAGAAGAACAGCGAGAUCGCACCCGGUGUGCUGACCGAACAUGGCAAGACCAAGAACCCUCACCCUAACGUUGAUUCUGCGUCUGGAGUUCUUUUCCAUCACUACGGCUUCCGCGACCCUCUUUACUAUACUGUGACAUUUGGUGUCAGCAGAGGUCUUGGUCCUCUUGCUCAGCUCGUUUGGGAUCGUGCCCUGGGCAUGCCCAUCGAGCGCCCCAAGUCGAUCAAUUUGGAGGGUCUCCAGAAGCUUGCACAGUGA